AGAAAAAAAAAGAAAAAUCCUCUUUACAUUUCUCUACAUAGCUUGGUAGUGAGAGAGUUAAAAUAAAUAAAAGAAAAGAGGGGGGGUUCCGUGCAAAAAAUGUCAGGACAGGGCCGCUCCGUGUCGAUCCACUCGAGCCGGUUCUUCUCGCCCGGUGGCGAACCGGCCGGCCCGGUUGGACCGGGCGGGGACGAGUUCGACGAGUCGGAGAUCUGGGGGAGCCCGGUCGAGCCGGGGCCGGCCGAGCCGGGGCUCAAUCCGCUGCAUCGGGCCCGGCCCGGUCGGAGAAAACCGGAGAGGGCCGGGGCUCCGGUCACCGCGCCGUGCUCGCUCCCGGUGAACAUACCGGACUGGUCGAAGAUACUCGGCGGCGAGUACAAGGGCAAGGAGUGGUCGGAGGCGGAGGCGGAGGAGGAGGAGAAGGAGGAGGAGAGGGGUGAGGAUACCGCGGGGAUGGUCCCGCCGCACGUGUGGGUUUGGCGGAACCGGCCCGCGUCGUGCUCGGUUCGCGAAGGGUUGGGCCGGACCCUGAAGGGCCGGGACCUGAACCGGGUCCGGAACGCGAUUUGGGCGAAAAUCGGGUUCCAAGAUUAAAAAAAUAAUAAUAAUAUAAUUUAUUUUUUGGUUAUAUUUUGUAAUAGAGGGAGGAGAGUUUAUUAUUAUGUUGUUUUAAUGAAUUUUUUGUGGUUUUUGGA